AUGUCUUUGCCAAAUAACAGACGCGCACGCCUAUAUAAUAAGAUAGGUUUUAGUGGCAAGUCGUUCAACUGGGACGGUUUACCGCCAAAAAUCCACCUAAAUAUCUUUGAUUUCCUGCUCUCUGGGGAUCGAUAUAGCCACGAUAAGCAUCCUAAAUCCACCUACGCCGCCGUCUGCCUCAGCUGGCGCGAAUUUUUUGAGCUGCAGAACUUCGCUCAGCUGAAAGUCAACCAGUGGGAUCUAGAACUUUUUGAGCAGAUCGUCACUGCUAAGAGAAAACAAUUACUUCGUACACUCUGGUUUUGCAUGGAACUUCGCCCAUACGAUUGCCGUUCAUGUCGCGUCAAGGAGACCAACGACGAGGUCACGAUGAAUAGUGUAUUAUUUACAGGCUCUCUAUUCCGCUUCUACGACGUUAUGUCCAAGUGGGGACUUGCAGACGGAAAUCAGGCUUAUAGAAUAGACCUAACCGUAAUGCUGAGUGCUUGGUCCCCAAGCGACCGGAAACAUUACUUCCGAGAUCACCGCUUCGAGAACGACAGUCUAAGAAUCUACCGUCCGACUCGUCUAAAUCGUAACGAUAUAACCCAUGGGUGGAAGAGAGGAUAUCGUAUCCCUCCGAAAAUGGAUGUUUGUCUACGACUAGUCGGAAAGCUGCUUAGUUUCGAACUAGAGCUCAUACACAAGGACUGGGAGGGCUCGUUUCCAAAGCUGGACUUCGUUAUAGGUCUCAGCUUCCCGAAGCUGAAGGUUUUCCAAUAUGAGCCCUGGCGUGCUAUCUCUAUGGAGCUUGAACAGUACCAGCGACAUAUGUUCAAUCAUUUCUUGGACUUCUUACCGCCAACCCUAGAAAGAUUUUCGGUAUUUGAGGACUUUAGCGAAGACAUUCAUGCGUGGUCGCAAGAGCUAAGAAACUUCGGAGUUGUACGAUCCCUGCUAAGUAUAAGUCGUAACUUUAUCGAGCUCGACGUGUCGUUCAUCAUCGAUGCUGAGCAGUUCUUAUGCCAUUUCUACCCGAAAUUCAAAGGAAAACCCGUCAAUUUUGUAUGGAAAAACUUGCGGGGCUUGACGUUAACUUCAUGGAUCCUCUUCAAUCCAUUGAAAGGGCAAGGGCGGCUGGAUGACCUACUUUGGUGCGUUGUUCGAGCCGUUUUGAGGAUGCCUAGGCUCGAGAAAAUGGAAAUAUGGGCCGGCUCUCAGGAAUCCAUCGGUAUCUUUCGCUAUACUCGUUCGCGUACUGAGGUGUGGAUUGAGAUGGAAGAAACAGAGAAUACCCAUAUACUCCCGGAGCGUGUCAUAAAAGCUUGGUAAGUAGUGGCGAAUAAGUAUGCCCAAGGACGCCUUCGUACAACAAACCGCCAUAUAUGGUUCAAUGGUGUAAACACACAUAGGUCAGCUCUACGCUACUUGGAAAGAGCUGAGAAAAUUCUAUCACCUGCGUCUACUACUCAGCUGAUGUAGAAGUGUUUCAUUUGGGGCACGAGGAAUGUUGGUAUGUAGGAUGAGAAAUUGAGAAUUCGCCAUCGAGCUUAUUGGAUGCCGAAUCUAGGUCGUACAGUAAUGUUCAUCUAUUUGAGAAUAACAGAUACCCAUAUCAUUAGCGUUAUAUCGAC